AUGGCCGUCAUACAAGAGGCAUACAUCUCGGAAGAAAUCCACGAGCUCAAGGCCCAGGCCAACCGUAGCUUCGCUGCCAAGGAUUACGAUGCGGCGCUCAGCGGCUACCUCGAUAUUCUAGCACUGCUGCCACCACGCCCGCAGCCAAAGCAAGGUUCUUCACCACACGACCAAGAUGAUGGCGAGACAGAAGCGGACGAAGCACCAGUAGGCGAGUUAACGGCCGAGAUCGGGACGCAAGAGUCGCAGGAGUCGGAGGAGUCGGAAGAACCAGAAGAAUCAGAAGAGAUGCAGCAGAUCCGGCAAUUCCGAUCGGUGAUCUACGCCAACAUCGCUGCUACGCACCUGCGACUCUCGCAGCCGCGCGAUGCGGUCAAAGCCGCCACCGAGUCGCUGCUCGACCAACCGCGCUACGUCAAGGCCCUCUACCGCCGCGCACAGGCAAACGAAGAGAUCGGCACAUGGUCCGGUCUCUCGGCCGCCCUCGAGGAUCAUCAAACCCUCCUCUCCUGCCCAGACCUCCCCAGCGCUACAAGACCAGACGUGCAAGCCGCAAUCGCAAGGCUGGAACCCAAAGCAAAACAAGCGGCAGAGAAGGAAAAGGACGAAAUGAUCUCAAAGCUCAAGGGCCUAGGCGACUCCAUCCUCGGCAACUUUGGUCUCAGCACAAACAACUUCAAGUUCACACAGCAGCCAGGAGGCGGCUACUCGAUGAACUUUGUUCGCUGA